UCGCGAGCCACCAUGGGGCUGCCCCUGGCCCGCCUGGUGGCCGUCUGCCUGGCCCUGUCUGUGGCCGGCGGCUCGGAGCCCCAGAAAGCGGGCCGGAGCCGGAACCACGGCCGCACCGUCUGCAGCACCUGGGGCGACUUCCACUACAAGACCUUCGAUGGCACAGUCUUCCGCUUCCCGGGCCUCUGCGACUACAACUUCGCCUCCGACUGCCGGGACUCCUACAAGGAGUUCUCCGUGCACCUCAAGCGGGCCCCGGCCCAGGGGGGGGGCCUCCCGCAGAUCCAGUCCGUGCUGCUGACCCUCCGGGACGACACCGUCUACCUCACGCGCCAGCUGGCCGUGGUCAACGGCGCCCUGGUCGGCGCCCCGCACUACAGCCCCGGGCUGCUUAUCGAGAGGAAUGACGCCUACACCAAGGUCUACUCCCGCGCCGGGCUGGCCCUCAUGUGGGACCGUGAGGACUCGCUCAUGCUGGAGCUGGACAGCAAGUUCCAGAACCACACCUGCGGCCUCUGCGGGGACUUCAACGGCCUGCAGACCUACUCGGAGUUCCAAUCGGACGGCGUGCUCUUCAGCGCCCUGGAGUUCGGGAACAUGCAGAAGGUCAACAAGCCGGAGGAGCAGUGCGAGGACCCCGAGGAGGAGGAGGAGGCGGCGUCCGAGUCCUGCUCCGAGCACCGCGCCGAGUGCGAGAGGCUGCUGACCGCCGAGGCCUUCGAGGCCUGCCAGGACCUGGUGCCCCGCGAGCUGUACGUGCGCGCCUGCAUGCAAGACCGCUGCCAGUGCCCCUCGGGAGACGGCUGCGUCUGCAGCACCGUGGCCGAGUUCUCGCGCCAGUGCUCCCACGCCGGCGGCCGGCCCGGGAACUGGAGGACCCCCGCGCUGUGCCCCAAGAGCUGCCCCGGCAACAUGGUUUACCUGGAGAGCGGCUCGCCCUGCAUGGACAGCUGCUCACACCUGGAGGUCAGCAGCCUGUGCGAGGAACACCGCAUGGACGGCUGCUUCUGCCCCGAAGGCACCGUGUACGACGACAUCACGGGCGGCGGCUGCAUCCCCGCCAGCCAGUGCCACUGCCGGCUGCACGGCCGUCAGUACGCGCCCGGCCAGGAGAUCGCCAACGACUGCGAGCAGUGUGUCUGCAGCGCCGGCCGCUGGGAGUGCGAGGAGCUGCCCUGCCCGGGGACCUGCGCUCUGGAGGGCGGCGCCCACAUCACCACCUUCGACGGGAAGAAGUUCACCUUCCACGGGGACUGCUACUACGUCCUGGCCAAGGACGACCGCAACGGCUCCUACGCCCUCCUGGGCGAGCUGGCGCCCUGCGGCUCCACGGACACGCAGACCUGCCUGAAGACGGUGCUGCUGCUGGCCGACAACAAGAAGAACGUGGUGGCCUUCCGGUCCGACGGCAGCGUGAUGCUCAACGAGCUGGAGAUGCAGCUGCCCCACGUAGCUGCGAGCUUCUCCGUGCUCCGCCCCUCCUCCCAGCACCUGGUGGUGAGCACGGCCUUCGGCCUGCGGCUGCAGGUGCAGCUGGCCCCAGUCAUGCAGCUCUUCGUGACGCUGGACCAGGCCGCCCAGGGCCAGGUGCAGGGCCUCUGCGGGAACUUCAACGGCCUGGAGAGUGACGACUUCCAGACGGCCAGCGGGCUGGUGGAGGCCACCGGGGCCGGCUUCGCCAACUCCUGGAAGGCCCAGUCCAGCUGCCAGGACAAGCAGGACUCGCUGGACGACCCGUGCGCCCUCAGCGUGGAGAGUGCCAACUACGCCGAGCACUGGUGCUCCCUCCUGAAGAAGAAGGAGACCCCCUUCGGCAGGUGCCACUCGGCCGUGGACCCCGCCGAGUACUACAAGAGGUGCAAAUACGACACGUGCAACUGCCAGAACAACGAGGACUGCAUGUGCGCGGCCCUGUCCUCCUACGCACAUGCCUGUGCUGCCAAGGGCGUCACGCUGUGGGGCUGGAGGGACAGCGUCUGCAACAAGGACGUGGGCUCCUGCCCCAGCUCGCAGCUCUUCCUGUACAACCUGACCACCUGCCAGCAGACCUGCCGCUCGCUCUCCGAGCCCGACGCCCACUGCCUGCAGGGCUUCGCGCCCGUGGACGGCUGCGGCUGCCCCGACCACACCUUCCUGGACGAGAAGGGCCGCUGCGUGUCCCUGGCCAAGUGCUCCUGCUACCACCGCGGCCUCUACCUGGAGGCCGGGGACGUGGUUGUGCGGCAGGAGGAGCGAUGCGUCUGCCGGAACGGGAGGCUGCACUGUGCGCAGGUCAAGCUACUCGGACAGAGCUGCAAGGCCCCCAAGAUCCAGAUCGACUGCAACAAUCUGACUGCCCUGGCCGUCACCAAGCCCCGCCCCAUCAGCUGCCAGACGCUGGCUGCCGGCUAUUACCACACCGAGUGCAUCAGUGGCUGUGUGUGCCCCGAGGGGCUGAUGGACGAUGGCCGGGGCGGCUGCGUGGUGGAGGAGGACUGCCCGUGCGUCCACAACACAGACGUGUACUCUCCCGGGGACAAGAUCAAGGUGGACUGCAACAGCUGCACCUGCCGGAAAGGACGCUGGGUGUGCACCCAGUCCGUGUGUCACGGCACCUGCUCCAUCUAUGGCAGCGGCCACUACAUCACCUUCGACGGGAAGCACUAUGACUUUGACGGACACUGCUCCUACGUGGCUGUCCAGGACUAUUGCGGCCGGAACUCCACCCUGGGCUCCUUCAGCAUCAUCACCGAGAAUGUCCCCUGUGGCACCACGGGUGUCACCUGCUCCAAGGCCAUCAAGAUCUUCUUGGGGAGGACAGAGCUGAAGCUGGAAGACAAGCACCGCGCGGUGAUCCAGCGCGACGUGGGCCACCACGUGUCCUACACCACGCGGGAGGUGGGCCAGUACCUGGUGGUCGAGGCCAGCAUUGGCGUCAUCGUCAUCUGGGACAAGAAGACCACCGUCUUUGUCAAGCUGGCUCCGUCCUACAAGGGCACCGUGUGCGGGCUGUGCGGGAACUUCGACCACCGCUCCAGCAACGACUUCACCACGCGGGACCACAUGGUGGUCAGCAGCGAGCUGGACUUCGGGAACAGCUGGAAAGAGGCCUCCACCUGCCCGGACGUGAGCACCAUCCCCGAGCCCUGCAGCCUGAACCCGCACCGCCGCGCCUGGGCCGAGAAGCAGUGCAGCAUCAUCAAGAGCAGCGUGUUCAGCAUCUGCCACAGCAAGGUGGACCCCAAGCCCUUCUACGAGGCCUGCGUGCACGACUCGUGCUCCUGCGACACGGGCGGCGACUGCGAGUGCUUCUGCUCUGCCGUGGCCUCCUACGCCCAGGAGUGCACCAAGGAGGAGGCCUGCGUGUUCUGGAGGACGCCGGACCUGUGCCCCGUGUUCUGCGACUACUACAACCCCCGGCACGAGUGCGAGUGGCACUACGAGCCGUGCGGCAACCGCAGCUUCGAGACCUGCCGGACGCUCAACGGCAUCCACUCCAACAUCUCCGUGUCCUACCUGGAGGGCUGCUACCCGCGAUGCCCUAAGGACAGGCCCAUCUUUGACGAGGACCUGAAGAAGUGUGUCUCCGAGGACCAGUGCGGCUGCUACGUGGAAGACACGCGCUACCUGCCCGGCGAGUCCGUUCCCACCGACGACAUCUGCGAGUCUUGUGUGUGCACCAACUCUUCUCACGUGGUCUGCCAGCCCGAGGAAGGGAAGAUUUUCAACAUGACCCAGGAUGGUGCCUUCUGCUACUGGGAGACCUGUGGGCCCAACGGGACGGUGGACAAGCACUUCAACGUCUGCUUGUCAACCACGACUCGCCCGUCCACCCCCACGGCCCCCACCUCGACCACCCCCGGGAGCAGCACAAGCCUCACCACCACGACCAUCAGCACCCCUGCCACCCCGACCCCCAGCACAGUGUCACCAACGACUCAGAACCUGUGCUGCUUCUGGUCCGACUGGAUCAACGAGCACCACCCGGACAGCAGCAGUGACAGCGGUGACCGGGAGACGUUCGAGGGUGUCUGCGGGGCUCCCGAGGCCAUCGAGUGCAGGUCGGCCACGGAGCCCCACCUCAGCUGGGAGGAGCUGGGCCAGAAGGUUCAGUGCGACGUCUCGCUUGGCCUCGUUUGCUACAAUGAAGACCAGUUUGGAAACGGUCCAUUUGGAGUCUGUUAUGACUACGAGAUACGUGUCAAUUGCUGUGUGCCGAUGGACUUUUGUCCUACGUCCACCCCAGCCAUCACGACGACAACCACCACGUCCACGCCCACCCCUCCAACCAGUACCACCACCACCCCUCCAACCACUACCACCCCCAUCCCUCCAACCACCACCCCCAUCCCUCCAACCACACCACCCCUCCCUCCAACCACCACCACCCCCAUCCCUCCAACCACCACCCCCAUCCCUCCAACUGCCACUCCCUUCCCUCCAUCAAGCACCACCCACACCACGUCACCAUCCUCAACAACCGUCCCCACUACCACAGAAGGGACUACCUCAGUGACAACCACUACUACGAUAUCCACAGCUACACCUACUCCUGAGACCACCACUCCAUCCAUCCCAGUGCCAACAACCACUCCAUGUGUGCUUGACUGCGAAUGGACCGGGUGGCUGGAUUCAGGGAAACCUGACUUUUCACCAUCAGGUGGAGAUGUGGAAUUGAUUGGAGAUGUCUGCGGACAAGGCUGGGCAACUAACAUCUCCUGCAGAGCCACCAUGUACCCCAACACUCCGAUCGAAGAGCUUGGACAGAGUGUGGUGUGCAAUGUCUCUGUGGGGCUACAGUGCAAAAACCAAGACCAAAAGCCUGGCGGGCCCAUUCCCAUGCCCUUCUGCAUCAACUACGAGAUGAACGUGUACUGCUGUAAGUGUGGCGGCACACCCACCUACACCACAACCACCGUCACCCCCCUCCCUACCUCCUCCACCCAGACACCUGCUACCACCACCACAGAGACACCAUCCACAACACCUGGGACCACCACUGCAGCAACCACCCCUCCAACACCUGGUACCACCACCACAGCUACCCCAUCUACAACACCAGGUACAACCACAGUAAUCACACCGCCAACACCUGGGACCACCACCACAGCUACCCCAUCUACAACACCAGGUACAACCACAGUAAUCACACCGCCAACACCUGGGACCACCACCACAGCUACCCCAUCCACAACACCUGGUACCACCACCCCAGGGACCCCAUCCACAACACCUGGUACCACUACCACAACUACCCCAUCCACAACACCUGGUACCACCACCCCAGGGACCCCAUCCACAACACCUGGUACCACCACCCCAGGAACUCCAUCCACAACACCUGGUACCACCACCCCAUGUGACCCCAAUCGCACAACCACCUGGAGUGUGGUGUGCAAUGUCUCCGUGGGCUACAGUGCAAAACAAGGACCAAAAGCCGGCGGGCCCAUCCCAUCCUUCUGCAUCAAAUACGAGAUGACGUACUGCUGUAAGUGUGGCGGACACCACCUACACCACAACCACCUCACGGCCCUCCCUACCGUCCUCCACCCAGACCCUGCUACCACCACCAAGGAUACACCAUCCACAACCCUGGACCACCACUGCAGCAACCACACCUCCAACACCUGGGACCCCAUCCACACCUGUUACCACCACCAGGAACUCCUCCAAACACCUGGUACCACCACCCCUGAGACACCAUCCACAAACCUGGUACCACCACCCAGGGCCCCACAAACACCUAGUACCACCACCCCAGACACCAUCCACAACACCUGGUUACCACCACCCCAGGAACUCCAUCCCACAACACCCUUGUACACACCCCAGACUCCAUCCCACAACACCUGGUACCACACCACAGGACUCCAUCCAACACUGGUACCAACCAGAGGAUCCCACCCCAACACCUGGUACCACCCCCAGGACCCCAUCCACAACACCUGUUUACCACCACCACAGGGACUCAUCCACAACCACCUGUACCACCACACAACCCUCCACAACACUGUACACACCCCAGCACCCCAUCACAGCACCUGGUACCACCAACCCCCCCCCCAAGGACCCAUCCACAACACCUUACACAAGCCAAGGAUCCCAACCCACACCUGGUACCACCACCAGACCCAUCACAAACUGGUACCACCACCAUCACAACAAACCGUACCACACCCCAGACCCAUCCACAACACCUGGUACACCACGACAGGACUCCAUCCACACACUUACACCACCAACUCCAUCCACAACACCUGGUACCACCCCCAGGACUCCAUCCACACACCUGUACCACUCCACAGGGAUCCCAACCCAAACCUGUCCACCACCAGGGACCCAUCCCAACACCUGGUCCACCACCCCAGGGACUCCAUCCACAACCACCUGGUACCACCACCCAGGACCCCAUCCCAACACCUGUACCACCCACCCCAGGGACUCAUGCACAACACCUGGUACCACACCCCAGGGGACCCAUCCACAACACCUGGAGCACCACCCCAGGAACUCAUCCACAACCACCUGGGACUCCUCCAAACACCUGGUAUCCACCACACAGUGACCACACCUCCAACUCCUGGUUACUACCACCACAGCGACACCCUCAAACUGUCACUACCACUCAGGGAACUCCAUCCACAACACCUGUACCACCACCCCAGGGACCCCUUCCAACACUGGUACACCACCCCAGGGACCCCAUCCACAACACCUGGUACUACCACCCCAGGGACUCUAUCCACAACACCUGGUACCACCACCACAGGGACCACACCUCCAACUCCUGGUACCACCACUACAGGGACACCAUCCACAACACCUGGUACCACCACCCCAGGGACCCCAUCCACAACACCUGGUACCACCCCCCCAGUGACCCCAUCCACAACACCUGGUACUACCACCCCAGGGACUCUAUCCACAACACCUGGUACCACCACCCCAGGGACCACACCUCCAACUCCUGGUUCCACCACCACAGAGACACCAUCCACAACACCUGGUACCACCAUCACAGGGACCCCAACCACUACCACACCUCCCACCACCACAAGGACAGUGACCCCAACCCCUCCAGGCACAGUCCCCACUGCUGAGUCCACCACCCCCAUAUCCCAACCUGAGUCCACGCCCCAUACGACCUUUCCGUCCACCUCUUCCCUCUCCACGGAGUCCACCACCCUUCAGAGCACCUCCUCGCCUUCCCUGGAGACCUCUAGCACACCAGUGCCCUCCACGCCAACGGCACCAACGGUUACAACGGCAGAAGGCAGCACCCCUUCCCCAUCGCCGGGAACCGAGGUCCCCACACCCAGCAGCACUACGGCCUCUCCAGGAACCACCACCCUCAGAACUACGACCGGGCUACCUACACCGCCCUCUGUGUCGACCACCCCUGUCGUGACUCCCACUCGGCCGGCCCUGCCCUCGACCACGACCUCCAGCACCUCCUCCUCCAGGGUGCCCACCCCCACACUGACGCCGAUCGCCACCCCCAGCAUCAGCGUGAACACCGGCCCCCAGAUCAGCGCUUCCACCCAGCUCAAGUGCUGCUUCCUCAACGAUACCUACUACGCGCCAGGCGAGCUGGUGUACAACGGCACCCACGGAGACACGUGCUACUACGUGAACUGCUCGCUGAGCUGCGAGCUUGAGUUCUACAACUGGUCGUGCCCGUCCACGCCGUCCCCAACGCUGAGGCCCUCCAAGCCGACGCCCACGGCCACGCCCUCCAAGCCGACGCCCAGCACGCCGGCCACCACCAAGCCCCCUGGGUGCCCUGACUUUGAUCCUCCCAGACAGGAGAACGAGACCUGGAGGCUGUGUGAGUGCCUGAUGGCCAUCUGCAAGCACGACAACACGGUGGAGAUCGUGGAGGUGGAGUGCGAGCCCCCGCCCAUGCCCACCUGCUCCAACGGCCUCAAGCCUGUGCCUGUGCCGGACCCCGACGGCUGCUGCUGGCACUGGGAGUGCGACUGCUACUGCACGGGCUGGGGGGACCCGCACUACGUCACCUUCGACGGGCUCUACUACAGCUACCAGGGCAACUGCACCUACGUGCUGGUGGAGGAGGUCACCCCCACGGUGGACAACUUCGGGGUCUACAUCGACAACUACCACUGCGACGUCAACGACAAGGUCUCCUGCCCCCGAACUCUGAUCGUUCGGCACGAGACCCAGGAGGUGCUGAUCAAGACCCUGCGGAUGGCGCCCAUGGAGGUGCAGGUGCAGGUCAACAGGCAGGUGGUGGCGCUGCCCUACAAGAAGUACGGGCUGCAGGUGUACGAGUCGGGCAUCAACUACGUGGUGGACAUCCCCGAGCUGGGCGCCCUGGUCUCCUACAACGGCCUGUCCUUCUCCAUCCGGCUGCCAUUCCGCCUGUUUGGCAACAACACCAAGGGCCAGUGUGGCACCUGCACCAACAGCACCGCGGAUGACUGCGUCCUGCCCAGCGGGGAGGUCGUGUCCAACUGUGAGAUCGCGGCUGAUCAGUGGAUAGUGAACGAUCCCUCCAAACCGCACUGCCCCCACGGCAGCUUCACGACCAAGCGCCCGGCCACCACCCUGCCCGGGGGCGGCACCCCACCGGCCCUCCCCGAGCACUGUGCCAAGUCUCCACUCUGCCAGCUCAUCAAGGACAGCGUGUUCGCGCCCUGCCACGCCCUCGUGCCGCCCCAGCACUACUACGAGGCCUGCCUGUUCGACAGUUGCUUCGUGCCCGACACGGGCAUGGAGUGUGCCAGUCUGCAGACCUACGCGGCCCUGUGUGCCCAGCAGGGCGCCUGUAUUGACUGGCGGAACCACACCCACGGCGCCUGCCCGGUCACGUGCCCGUCUCACAGGGAGUACCGGGCCUGCGGUCCCACGGAGGAGCCCACCUGCAAGUCCAGCUCCGCGGAGCAGAACAGCACCGGCCUGGUGGAAGGCUGCUUCUGCCCCCAGGGCACCACCAGCUACGCGCCCGGCUUCGACGUCUGCGUGGAGAUCUGCGGCUGCGUGGGGCCUGACAACGUGCCCAGGGAGUUCGGGGAGCACUUCGAGUUCGACUGCAAGGACUGCGUCUGCCUGGAGGGCGGGAGUGGCAUCAGCUGCCAGCCCAGGAAGUGCAGCCAGACGGCCCCCACCCACUGCGAGGAGGACGGCACCUCCCUGGUCACCGAGGUCAACCCCGCCGACACCUGCUGCAACAUCACCUUCUGCAAGUGCAACAGCAGCCUGUGCCAGGAGAAGCCCCCCUUGUGCCCGCUGGGAUUCGAAGUGAAGAGCAAGACAGUGCCCGGGCGGUGCUGCCCCCUGUUCUCCUGCGAGCCCAAGGGUGUGUGUGUUCACCAGAACGCUGAGUAUCAGCCGGGCUCCCCAGUGUACUCCUCCAAGUGCCAGAACUGCGUCUGCACGGAGGCCGUGGACAACAGCAGCUCCCUCAAUGUCAUCGCCUGCACCCACGUGCCCUGCAACACCACCUGUGGCCCAGGCUUCGACCUCGUGGAGGCCCCUGGGCAGUGCUGCAAGAAGUGCGAGCAGACCAGCUGCGUCAUCGACCUGCCCCACGGCCAGGUCGUCCUGAAGCCCGGGGACAUGCAGAGGGACCCCCGGAACAACUGCACCUUCUUCAGCUGCGUGAAGAUCCACAACCAGCUCAUCUCUUCCGUCUCCAACAUCACCUGCCCCGACUUCGACCCCAGCACCUGUGUCCCGGGCUCCAUCACCUUCAUGCCCAACGGAUGCUGCCGGACCUGCACCCCUCGCAACGAGACCCAGCGCUUCUGCUCCACCGUCCUGGUCACCAGGGAGAUCUCGCACAACGGUUGCACCAAGCUGGUCACCAUGAACGAUUGCUCCGGGGCCUGCGGAACAUUCGUCAUGUACUCUGCGGAGGCCCAGUCCCUGGACCACAGGUGCUCCUGCUGCAAAGAGGAGAAAACCAGCCAGCGCGAGGUGGCCCUGAGCUGCCCCGACGGCAGCUCGCUGCAGCACACCUACACCCACAUCGAGAGCUGCCUGUGCCAGGACACCGUCUGCGGGCUGCCGCAGGCCAAGCAAACCAGCCGUGCCCGGCGCUCCCUGUGGCGUCUGGGACCGCAGUGAGCAGGGCCCUUCCCCGCCGGGGCUCCGAGCGUCCAACCCCACUCCUGCGCCUGCUUCUUUCUCUGGAUAUUUAUUUCUGAGUCUCUCUCAACCCUUUGCUUCCCGCAAUAAACGCAGCAGACGAGC